UUGGACAGAGGAAGGCCAAUUGACGAGAAGCAUGACUUCAAACGCAGGUGAAGAAGGAAGGACAGAAGAUGGAAUCGGAAGAGGGGAAGACGUGGAAGAUUUGGAAGAAAAAUUGGAAAGCUUGAAGCAAGAAAAAGCAAAAGCAAAGUCGGCGUUCACACGUGCAAGAAAGCAGUUGUUGGAACUGGUGGAAGAAAUGGAUCUACCAAACAGACAUCAGGUUCGAGAUGGGCAAACGAAAUUGGACAGCACACAAGAAAGGGCACUGAAGAUCAUGAUCGCACUGUCAGAGCACUAUCAAUGGCAGAAGAACGGAACAGCAAGACAAAAAGUUACUCAGGAAAUGGAGCAAUUGGUGCAAGAAUUCGAAGAGACCCACAACAGAGUACAGGAGUAUCUGGAUGAACGAAGAGAUUCAGAAUCAAGUAAGACAGCGGGAUCUUACAACCCACGAGAGGAUCGAAAGGUAAGCCUUGGAGCACCUAGAUUUAAUCAAGAGACUUAUUUGCCAUUUCAGGAAGCGAAAUUUGAUUCUUCUCAAUUUCACAACAAUUCUGAGCGACAAGAGCUUCAGCACAAGUCAACCAAUGUCGGUGUUGGCGCGAAAAGAAGUCAGUUUCCAAUGACCCCGGAGGAACAUUCACAGCAACUGCAACAGUCAGUCAGAUUUGGUGGUGAUCACAGACGAUCUGAGCGAUAUUCACACGAAGAGUCACUUGGUCAGGACAUGUGGCGACAGCUGCAGCGUGUUGCGAUUCCCGUUUUCUCUGGUGACAAGCGAAAGUAUGAGAACUGGAAAGCUGCAUUUCUGGCUUGCAUUGACAGAGCUCCUGCGACUCCUGAAUACAAGCUGCUGCAGUUGAGGCAAUAUCUAUCUGGCGUUGCACUGGAAGCGAUCGAGAAUCUUGGCUUUUCUGGAGCUGCAUAUGAAGCUGCAAAGGACAGGUUAGAGCGAAAAUUUGGUGGCAAGAGGAGGGAAAUCGCAAUUCACUUGGAGGACAUGGAUAAUUUCAAACCAGUGAGAGAUGGAUGUUCAAAAGACAUAGAGAAGUUUGCAGAUCUACUUGAUGUUCUGGUGGUGAAUCUACUGGAGAGUGGACGUCACGAUGAAUUGGGAAAUGGAUCUCUCUACAUCAAGCUACUGAAGAAACUUCCAGAAACACUGCUGACGCAGUACAAUCGAUGGAUCUUUGAGAAUCGAAGAAGAGAAUGCGUUGAAACACUGAAAGAAUCGACAUGGAUCUCAAAUUCGUUGGAAUUGUUCUUCUGCUUGCCGCAGCAGUUUACACUGCCCAUGUUGAAGAGGACAAGGAAGAAGACCCUGAAGCAGCAGCUUAUGAAGACUUCGACGAGGAGGAUGAGGUUGAUUAAGAAAAUAUUUCGGAACUUGCAAAAGACGCAAAAAGGAAGGGACGUUGGGACCAAUUCUUUUCAGUCGGAGGAAGAUACUGCAGUUGCAAUAUGCCGGCUGCACUGGGAGACGAGCCAGAAGAAGUUCAAGAUGCAAAGUCUAAAAGGAAAUUUAAAACUUCUUUGGUCAAACUCAUUAGACCAUACUUCAAAGCCGUGAGCCUGAAAUGCCACUGCACUGCUAACCGCCGUGUUGUGAGGCUGUUGCGUACCUACAUUCGGCUAGAGUCGCUGCAUUUAAAGCGAAGGUCGAAUUCAACAGAAACCUACGUGCCUUGAUCAAGGCUGUGCCAAGGCACAGUGGACGUUAAAGAGACAGAAUCAGUUCUGACCUUGGUUUUACCUUCUUAGCCUAACUGACCCAUUACUUAAAAGGACGUUAAGAGGAACUUUUUUCUCUAAGCUGUUUGUAUUUCUUGAACAGAUUUAUAGAUAGCAUGUUUUUAUUUAGCUUUUAUAUUA